ACGUCACGGCGAAACCGGAAGCGUGCUUUUAGAAACUUGGCUUUUCCAAGUUUUUUGUUUCUAAAUAAAUGAAAUGAAAGUUUAAAGUAAAGUUAAGUUCAUGUUGACAGAUGCGCAGUAGUUCUCACAAAGCCCAGCAUGGCUCCCAGCGCUCAUACAGCACACUGAAAGGUCAGAGUAAAGCUGAUGCCUCCAGGUCAGCCAUGCCUCACAAAGUUCAGAAACAUGCUCAGACUGCACACUACAUGGAGCUGGGCAGUUAUCAGUACUGGCCUGUCCUGGCGCCCCGGGGGAUCCGACUGUACACGUAUGAACAGAUCCCCGUGUUUCUGAGGGACAACCCCUACAUCACAGACGGGUACAGAGCCUACCUGCCCUCCAGGCUCUGCAUCAAGAGCCUCUUCAUCCUGUCCAAUGAGACGGUGAACAUCUGGAGUCACCUGCUGGGCUUCGUGCUCUUCUUCUGCCUUGGGGUGUACAACAUGGCGGCGGUGCUGCCGGCAGCGGGCGCCUCCAGAGACGACUACGUCAUCUACUCCAUCGGACUCUUCUGUCUUCAGCUGUGCAUGCUGUGCUCGGUGGGCUUCCACCUCUUCUGCUGCCACCGCUCAGAGAAGACGAGCCGCCGCUGGAUGGCGUUGGACUGUGCCGGGGUUUCUAUCGGCAUCCUGGGCUGCUACGUUCCCGGAGUGUUCUACACCUUCUACUGCCACAACUACUGGAGGCAGGUGUACCUGGUGGCGGUCCUGGCCAUGAUCCUGGCGGUCUUCCUGGCUCAGAUCCAUCCUCACUACCUCAAUAAGCAGUGGAGGCUCAUCUUCAGCUCGGUGGCGGUCUACGGCCUCGUCCCCACCGUCCACUGGAUCUGCCUGACGGGGGGCUUCUCCGCCCCUCUGGUCCAGGCGUUCGUUCCCCGGGUCCUGGGGAUGUACUUCAUCGCAGCGUUGGCGCUCAUUUUCUACAUCUCCAAAGUCCCCGAGCGCUACUUCCCAGGUCAGCUGAACUACGUGGGCUCCAGCCACCAGGUGUGGCACGUGCUGCUGGUCUUCAUGUUCUACUGGUGGCACCAGACGUCCGGCUUCAUCAUGACCUACAGGCUGACCGAGCCGUGUCCCGCCGGUCCCCCGGGACCCGUCUGAGGACCGCCGCGGCCCCCCCGCACAUCUGCAAACACGUUACACCUUUAAAAGGAAGAGAAAGUUUACGUUUUUAAACUUCGUGAAUGUUUUCGUACGAACCUGUGUCCUCUGCAUUUUAAAGAUGAGUUGGAUUUGUCUUUAAGCUGGAAAGUCGUCUUCUGUUACAGCCAAAGAGUUUCCUGGUUUCGUCUGACUUCUGAGCUGUCGAACAUGUGGCCUGUGGGCCACAACAUCCAGAGCACCCAGCUGAAAACUAUGCUACUGCAAUAGAAACUGUUUUUUGCACUAAAACAAACCGAAAUCGUGAUUUGUUGGUAUUUUCUGCUCAUUAGGUGGAUCCUGUCGUGAUGGAGCUCUCAGCUCAUUGUAACAGCUUCAUUUUAAACUUUAUUCACAGAAACAAAGUGUUCUUCAGACGACCUUCUGAUCGUGUUUUUAAGGAAUAAUCCAGUAUUUUAAAUCUGCAUUUCUUUGCAGGAUUUCAGUUUUUGUUUUACUGUAUUUGUUCUCCACUGAUGGCUGUUUUUAAAGUACACUAGUUAUUCAGUUUUUUAAGCAUUUCCUUCUGAAAUCCUGAGCCGAGUCUUUCAGGGUGAUUUUACGUCCGUCUUCGUGAGUUCUCGUGUCUUUUCUAGGAUCUUUUCUAACUUAUCAAUAAAGUUAAAUGUUUUAUCUC